CACUCUCGGCGGCGCCAGCACAGCCACAGGAGCCCGGCGCUCUGCUCCGCGCGGGCCCUGUCGCCCCGCAGGCAUAGCCGCGCGCGCGGGGAGCGCAGCCUGGCGCCCCGCUGCAGCGCUCAUGAUCAGCGACUUCCUGAAGCCCUGACUCCCCAGGGUGCAGCGACAGGCCGCAAUGAACGCGAGCGCUUCCUCGCUCAACGAGUCCCAGGUGGUGGCAGUGACCGCCGAGGGAGCGGCGGCGGCGGCCACAGCGGCAGGGGCGCGGGACAACGGUGAAUGGGGACCCCCUGCAGCGGCGGCGCUGGGGGGCGGCGGCGCGGCUAACGUGUCCCUGGAGCUGUCUUCUCAGCUGCCGGCCGGGCCGCCGGGGCUGCUGCUGUCGGCGGUGAAUCCUUGGGACGUGCUCCUGUGCGUGUCGGGGACGGUGAUCGCAGGCGAAAAUGCUCUGGUAGUGGCUCUAAUCGCGUCCACCCCCGCGCUGCGCACGCCUAUGUUUGUGCUGGUGGGCAGCCUGGCCACGGCCGACCUGCUGGCGGGCUGUGGUCUCAUCCUUCACUUCGUGUUCCAGUACGUGGUGCCCUCAGAGACGGUGAGCCUGCUCACGGUGGGCUUCCUCGUGGCUUCCUUCGCUGCCUCGGUCAGCAGCCUGCUGGCCAUCACGGUGGACCGCUACCUGUCUCUCUACAACGCGCUCACCUACUACUCGCGCCGGACCCUGUUGGGCGUGCACAUCCUGCUCGCCGCCACCUGGACGGUGUCCCUAGGCCUCGGGCUGCUGCCGGUGCUCGGCUGGAACUGCCUAGCAGAGCGCGCCACCUGCAGCGUGGUGCGCCCGCUGACGCGCAGCCACGUGGCGCUGCUCUCCGCCGCGUUCUUUGCGGUCUUCGGCAUCAUGCUGCACCUGUACGUGCGCAUCUGCCAGGUGGUCUGGCGCCACGCGCACCAGAUCGCGCUGCAGCAGCACUGCCUGGCGCCACCCCACCUGGCAGCCACCAGAAAGGGUGUAGGCACGCUGGCUGUGGUACUGGGCACUUUUGGCGCCAGUUGGCUGCCCUUCGCCAUCUAUUGCGUGGUAGGCAGCCGCGAGGACCCGGCAGUCUAUACCUACGCCACCCUGCUGCCCGCCACCUACAACUCCAUGAUCAAUCCCAUCAUCUAUGCCUUCCGCAACCAGGAGAUUCAGCGUGCCCUAUGGCUCCUGUUCUGUGGCUGUUUCCAGUCCAAAGUGCCCUUCCGUUCUAGGUCCCCCAGUGAGGUCUGAAGGCUCCCUCCCUCCGUCCUCCUGCCAACACCACACCCACAACAAGCCACCCUUCAGUGAGCUUCUCGGUGCCUGCUGAUGAACUCUGA